AUGCCCCUACCUGCACGAAAACGCCGUCGCCGUGCCCCAGAUGUGCAGUUCUACCGACUAGAUGACACUAACCCCGAGCCCGUUCACCGCCAUCUCUCCGUUGCAUCGUCGGCGUUGUCCGUCUCUUUGAAGGCCACCUCAGUAUCCGCUGCAAAUCCAGUGCCCCAGAAUGUGCCCGAAGCCGGCAACACUGCGUCCGCGCUCGGAGAUGCAUCUGAACGCUCUUCCGACCCACUUGAUGUCGACGAUGGCGAAGCUUUUGAGACUCUGCCAGCUGAGUUCUUCCACGACAUCGGUGACAUGCUGGAUUUCGUGAACAAGCGCAAGCGCACUGCGAGCGAAAACCCCCUCGAAGACUGGCGGCGACAUGACAUCGAUGAAUGGCUCUCGGAGCUUCUGCGUCUCGAGGGCCGAUGCGGUUUCACCGACGGAACUUGUGCCGGGUGCUGGGAGGGUCAAGCAGACUACCGUUGCGAGGAUUGUGAAGAUCUAAGGUUGUACUGCAAGUCGUGUACUAUCAAGCGACAUCACCGGAACCCAUUCCACCGUUUGAGGCUCUGGUCCGGAACGUGUUUCUGUAGGACGACACUCAAGCAAGCAGGGCUCCGUAUACAACUCGGACACCCAGUGGGCGAGCAGUGUGCUAACCCGGUCAAGGCAUUCGGAGAUGACUUCAUCGUAUUAGACUUGUCUGGUGUGAAUGAGGUCGCGGUCGAUUACUGUGGCUGCGAAACGGCACAAGCAAAAUCAAUCCAGCUACUUCGCGCCCGACUUCUUCCGGCGACGGGUGUCGACCCAAAAACAGCAGCGACGUUUCGACUCAUGGAGUACUACCACCUCCUGCACAAUCAGUCGAAGGUAUCCGGCUUUGAGUUCUAUAACACACUUGCUCGUCUAACUGACAACACAGGGACGAGCGAUGUGAAGUCUAGGUACAUCAGCUUCAUGCGAAUGUCACGCGUUUGGAUGCACCUCAAGCUCCUCAAGCGAUUUGGCCGUGGUCAUGACCCGCUAGGAGCGAAGGGAACGGCCCCUGGUUCGUGUGCGGUGCUCUGCCCCGCGUGCCCGCAACCUGGCAAGAAUCUGCCAGAUGACUGGGAAAAUGCACCUUCGGAACGAAGGCCAGUUUUCGUGCGAGCUGCCCGAGAAUUUCCAUUGCUGACCUCCCGUCUCAGUUGGCUAUACCGUCUGUUUCUCGGGAUAGACGCCAACUUCCGCUUGAAGCGGAAGAAGGUCUCGUCCGACGCUGCCGACCCAGGCUUCAACAACGGUAUCGCGUACUUCGUGGAAGAGAAGGCAUACAAGGCGCACCUGGAGAAGCACGGCAAGCUGGAUAUAGAAGACUCAAACACGUGCAACAACCACGACGCUGUAAAGCUCGCGAACAUGCGUGGAAGUCACGGUACAGCCACCAGUGGUGUGGCUACGGUCGAGUGCACGCGCCACGACAUGAAGCGUCCAUGUUCUGUCGGCGAUCUACAGAAGGGCGAAAGAUACGUCAACAUGGACUACCUGUUCGCCAGCAGUGUUCGACAGAGCCUCCCCUCGGCAGCGAACGACUCCACGCUCACACGAAGUGGCAACGUCCGUCUUGUUGUCUCGUACGACAUCGCUUGUCAGUGGGGUGUUAACCUAUGGAACAGGAUGCUUCAUUACGACCCACAGUGGGACUUCGACAAGCGGACCAUAACAUUUCUAAUACCGAAAUUCCACUUACCGGCGCACCAGGACAGCUGCCAAACGAAGUUCUCCUUCAACUACACCAAAGGCGUAGGACGUACCGAUGGUGAAGCCGUCGAGCGUGGCUGGGCCGCAGUGAAUGGGUUUUCGGGCAGCACGAAGGAAAUGGGUCCAGGGUCUCGCCGCGACGUCCUCGAUGAUGCCUUCGGUGACUACAAUUGGCGAAAAAUCACGCACCUCGCCAAAACACUCCUUGACCGUGUGAAGAAUGCCGUCGAAGAGUGCUGCAAGCACGUUGUCAUCUUCAACGAACUCACUGCCGUCACGGAUCCGACGCGGGUGGCCGAAUGGAAGCAGCAAGUUGAAGCAUGGGAGGAGGGUGCAGAUCUUAACCCCUUUGUAGUGACGCGUCAUCCUAUCACACUGGCAGCUGUCCGACGCGAGCUAGCUGAAGAAGAAUCCACGGGCAUAACCGAUGGGAGCCUCGUGCUUCUACAUGAGAAGAUAUCGCCAAGUAUCCUGAUCACGGCGGGUCUCGAGAUGGAGGAAGCUCAACGACGUCUACGGUCCGAUGCCGCUGAAUUGACCUCCCACUCUCCGGAUGAUCAGCGCGCGAACGUCAUCCGUCGACGCAAUAAUCUUCAAGUCCGCAUUGAUGCCUGGCGAGAAGUCCAAGAUCUCUACAUGCCAGGUGUAGCUGCGGUACGAAGUCGAGCUGCGGAGGCCUCAGCUGCUCCAGUUCUCGCCGAGAAUAUUCCACUCUACCUCCCAUCUACUGUUUUGGGCGAUCAUCGCGUGACGCUGCCCUCGAGCGUGCUCGAGAUCGAAAGACGCUUACGCUUCGCGCAGGCUAAUGACUCGCUAGAGCAACUGCGGCGCCAUCUUCGUGCCCGCACGAAGCUUUUUCACAUCAAAGACCGAGACGUCAGGGGCCAACGUUAUAACACAAGAUCCCGCGCAUACAUCGACUCCGUCCAGGCGAAGAUCGACGCCGACGCCGAACGCUAUCGCGCAGCUCACGCGGCACUCCUCACCAUAGACCCUGGAGACGCCACACACUGGCAGAAGAUCCUCCGUCCUCUGCUCCGAACCGAUGUUCGUGCAAUGCAUCAAGGCCUCGACGAUGAGACCGAGGGGCGCAAGACUAUCUCGUGGAUAUGGCGGACAAGUGGGGCCUCAGGGAGCGCGGAUGAUGAGGACGACCAAGAAGCCGUACGGAUUGAGUGGUGCAAGGCUCGCGCGAGAGCCAUGCGCUGGGACGAGGAGUGCCAGCUUCUCAGCGAGGAGAUGCGACGUGUUCUUGCCUUCUUCAAAUGGCACAUCCAGUGGUGGUUGGAUUGUGCUGGAAGAGAGGUCUCUAUAGGGAACGUGCCGGAGCAUGCUGAAGGCCGUCGGGCUUAUGCACGUCGGCAGGCGGAUAUCCGGCAGGCGCUGCAUGACUAUUGCGUCGGUGCUUGGCAUUCAGUUCCCGAGUACCUCCUACUUAGAACUACGUUAGAGUUGAAUUAG